AUGACGAAGAGGUCAUGUUGUGGUAUCCAGGACCUGGGUCUCGAGUCUGAUGGCACGCCGGUUUGCCUCCAGCCAGUGAGCUUGGAGGCAUUUGUAUUGCGAGUUGCCCAGAGCCCGGUAACUUGUGCAGCCGCCGCCGGUGCCGCCGCCAACGCCGUAUAUCAAGAUCCUGACACCGGCUUGAUCUUCUCGUCCAACUUCCAGCUCUACAAGGCCGACGGGCGCGGCAUCACCUUCCGCGUAGCAAUUCCGGACACCGCCGAGAGUUACACGUCGUAUGAUUCCGUCAUCCAGAUGGUCGUCCCCAACGACGUGGGCUGGGCCGGCCUCUCCUGGGGCGGCUCCAUGCCGCGGAGCCCACUGCUGGUAGCCUGGAGGGGCUCCAGCAACAAUGUCAUCCUGUCUUCUCGCUGGGCCACCGGACACGUCAUGCCGACGCCCUACACGGGCGCCGAGUACACCCUCUUCAAGGCCGGGACCAAGUCCAACAGCACGCAUUGGCAGUUUACAGCGCUCUGCAAGGGGUGCACGGCGUGGGAGUCCGGGUCAUCGACGAGGUACCUGAGCCCGAGCGGCGGCAACCGGCUCGCCUUUGCCUACUCGCCCGGCAAGCCGUCUAGCGUCAACAGCCCCUCCUCCAGCAUUCCGAUUCACGAUGUCCACGGCUACUGGUCACACGACUUUGCUCAGGCGGCAAACCCCAACUUUGAGACCACUGUGGCGAGGUUGACGUCUUGA